AUGGUCCCAGACGCCUUGAGCGCACUCCACGUGGCUGCGCCCCUGACGUUCAUCUACCUCGGCGUACAGAUUGCCUACAAUGGCCACACGCUCUGCUCCCAACGCGCGCAAUUGGUUCGCGAGUGCGACGCGCUGCAGACGAUUCCAUCGAUCGCGUCGUUGCCGCUUCAGCCCGAGACGCCAGGUGCACUAAUGUACGUGCACUUCUCGGGCCAUAUCACCAAGAGCAUCGAAAUGGACGCCAACUUGACCCUGCACGGCGCCCACGAACUGGUCAUUGUCACAGCAAGCGGUCACCGCGUCCUCCUGACUGACGCUGGUCACUUGGACCUCCUGCGUUGCAACUGUGACUUCGCGACGACCAACACGACAUAUGAACACGACGGGACGGCCACCACCGCUUGGCAUCGGACGGUCGAGACUGCGAUUGCCGAAAACGCGGUGGUUUCGGGUGUAUGGCUGCUCGAGUCCGUGCCUCGUUGCGGUGCAAAGGGCGAUCCGAUGCUCGCAUGGGCGAUGGUACCGCUGAACGAUCCCGCACUUGUGGGCUCUCAUCACGCUCUUUACUACGGCGACCACGCGACGCAGCUUCAACGGGGUGACUCCCUCCAAUCGUUUGGGACGCUGGCGAUGCUGACUGGACUUGUCUUCGUCGGCGGUGGUCUCUGUCACCUCAAAGCCGUCGGUAAAACGACAAAAUGA